UCCUGCCCGGAAAGUUUGAGGCUGGAUGCCAUGGCCAAGAGCAGCUCCCUGAAUGUCCGCGUGGUGGAGGGCCGGGCGCUGCCUGCCAAGGACGUGUCUGGGAGCAGUGACCCCUACUGCCUAGUGAAAGUGGACGACGAGGUGGUGGCCAGGACAGCGACUGUUUGGCGGAGCCUAAGCCCCUUCUGGGGAGAGGAGUACACUGUGCAUCUACCCCUUGAUUUCCACCAUCUGGCCUUCUACGUGCUGGAUGAGGACACUGUUGGGCAUGACGACAUCAUUGGCAAGAUCUCGCUGAGCAAGGAGGCCAUUGCAGCCAACCCCCGAGGGAUCGACAGCUGGAUCAACCUGAGCCGCGUGGACCCAGAUGCGGAGGUGCAGGGUGAGAUCUACCUGGCAGUGCAGAUGCUGGAGGAUGUGCGGGGCCGCUGCCUCCGCUGCCAUGUGCUCCAGGCCAGGGACCUGGCUCCCCGAGACAUCUCUGGCACGUCUGACCCGUUCGCACGUGUGUUUUGGGGCAGCCAGAGCUUGGAGACCUCGACCAUCAAGAAGACUCGCUUCCCGCACUGGGAUGAGGUCUUGGAGCUGCGAGAGAUGCCAGGUGCCCCGUCCUCAUUACGAGUGGAGCUCUGGGACUGGGACAUGGUGGGCAAGAAUGAUUUCUUGGGCAUGGUGGAGUUCCCCCCGCAGACCCUGCAGCAGAAGCCGCCUAAUGGCUGGUUCCGCCUCCUGCCCUUUCCCAGAGCCGAGGAGGAUUCUGGGAGGAACCUGGGCGCCCUCCGGCUGAAGGUGCGCCUGAUUGAGGACCGCGUCCUGCCCUCCCAGUACUACCAGCCCCUCACGGAGCUGCUCAUGGAGUCUGUGCUGGGGCCAGCCGAGGAGGAUGCUGCUAGCCCACUGGCUGUGCUAGAGGAGUUGACCUCGGGGGACUGCCGCCAGGACCUUGCCACCAAGAUGGUGAAGCUAUUUCUCGGCCGGGGCCUGGCUGGGCCCUUUCUGGACUAUCUCACCCGGCGUGAGGUGGCUCGGACCACUGACCCCAACACCCUCUUCCGUUCUAAUUCCCUGGCAUCCAAGUCAAUGGAACAGUUUAUGAAGCUUGUGGGCAUGCCCUAUCUGCACGAGGUCCUGAAGCCAGUGAUCAGCCGUGUCUUCGAGGAGAAGAAGUACAUGGAGCUGGACCCAUGCAAGAUGGACCUGGGCCGAGCCAGGAGGAUCUCCUUCAAGGGCACAGCCUCGGAGGAACAGGUGCGGGAGACCAGUCUGGGGCUGCUGACAGGCUACCUGGGGCCCAUCGUGGAUGCCAUCAUGGGUUCUGUGGGGCGCUGCCCCCCGGCCAUGCGCCUCGCCUUCAAGCAGCUGCAUCAACGCGUGGAGGAGCACUUCCCCCAGGCGGAGCAUGAGCAAGACGUCAAGUACCUGGCCAUAAGCGGCUUUCUCUUCCUGCGAUUCUUCGCGCCUGCCAUCCUCACCCCAAAGCUGUUUGACCUCUGGGACCAGCACGCCGACCCCCAGACCAGCCGCUCGCUGCUGCUGCUUGCUAAGGCUGUACAGAGCAUUGGAAACCUAGGCCAGCAGCUGGGCCAGGGCAAGGAACUGUGGAUGGCUCCCCUACACCCCUUCCUGCUGCAGAGUAUCUCACGUGUGAGAGACUUCCUGGACCGGCUGGUGGAUGUGGAUGGGGAUGAGGAAGCUGGUGGCCCAGUCAGGGCCCUGGUCCCACCUUCGGUGACUGUACGAGAAGGCUACCUGCUAAAGCGCAAGGAGGAGCCUGCUGGCCUGGCCACACGCUUUGCCUUCAAGAAGCGCUACUUCUGGCUCAGCGGGAAGACCCUCUCGUACUCCAAGAAUCCUGAGUGGCAGAUGUGCUCUUCCAUCCCGGUGUCGCACAUCCGUGCCGUGGAGCGCGUGGAUGAGGGCGCCUUCCAGCUGCCCCACGUGAUGCAGGUGGUGACGCAGGACGGCGUGGGGGUGCUGCACACCACCUACCUCCAGUGCAAGAACGUGAAUGACCUCAACCAAUGGCUGUCAGCCCUGCGCAAGGCCAGUGCCCCCAACCCAGACAAGCUGGCCACAUGCCAUCCCGGGGCUUUCCGCAGCUCACGAUGGACCUGCUGCCUCCAGGCUGAGCGCUCAGCUGCUGGCUGCAGCCGCACGCACUCGGCCAUCACUCUGGGGGAUUGGAGUGACCCGCUGGAUCCUGAUGCUGAGACCCAGAUGGUAUAUCGGCAGCUGCUCCUGGGGCGGGACCAGCUCAGGAUGAAGUUUCUGGAGGAUUCCAACAUGAAUACAACUCCAGAAGCAGACACAGGGGACUGUCCUGAUGUCCUGGUCCAGCAGAGAGUGGCAGCUGCCCGCCUGCUGGAGGUACUUGCAGACUUGGAUCGAGCCCACGAAGAGUUCCAGCAGCAGGAGCAGGGGAGGGCAGCCCCAGGCACCCUUGAGCCCUGA